AUGGUUACCUGUCCUAAAUGCGAGUUUGGUGCUGUAGUCCCUUACACACCUUCUGUCAAUGCUAUUGAACUCUUGCAAUUGGGAGCCUCAUCACACGACAUCUGUCAUGCCUCUCUGUCUGACGACAUCACCAAUCUUGAAGAGGAGCUACAAACAAUUGAAUCUCUCUUCAUACAAAUCAGAGAUCGACGAGACAGGAUUCUCAAGGACCUCGGCUGCUGCAAGGCCCUCCUGGCACCGAUCCGUUGUUUGCCUCGAGAGUUGUUACUUGAAAUAUUUGACCUCGCAUCUUCUGAUGUUCCUGAUCCUCAUCAUGCUCCAUGGAUCCUCGGUCAAUGGCAUAGUCCUCCAUCCGGAACGUUGGUCAACUUUAGAGCUGCACACAAAUGCAGCAGAGUUGGUUAA